AUGGCAACAACUGUGACGUUGACCGGUCAGAACGCUCGAAAUGCGAAUGAUGUUAUCUCGUUCCCUCUUUUGACCUACACCGAUGCUCUGCCCCGAGACGAUCUUCACGAUAUCAGCAACGGCAUCUUCCAAGACGACCCACGAUAUGUGACCAAGUGGAAAUUCCCACGACCUGUCAACGGGCCUUCGAACAAAACGCCUCCGCCUGGUGUGGGGGCAACAUUCGACUUUCAACUGACGCUGCCUCCGGACGAAAUCGUGCCCGCCAGCGCCGGUGGCCGUAGCCCUUCCGGAUACAUGAUUGGGGUUGCUCUGGGCAGUCCACGACUGCUAGAUGACCAAAAGGGGCAGCCACCACCACGAUUCAACACAACGAUCUUCACCGAGCAGAAGGGUACCCAGACGCUACCGAAGCCUAGCAAGUGGAAGAAGAUAGGCGGGUUGUUCAAGGCCAAGAAUGCACUUGAAGCAGGCACGAAAGAAAAACCGGAUAAAGUCAACAAACCGUUGGCCACGCAGCAAAAGGCCGUGACGCAGAGAGACUCGCUCGAAGAGUGGCCUAAACUCGAGGUUGACCCUGCGCGAAGGACCAAGAUGCCAGCAAACAAGAGUAAGCGAUCCGAGAGAAAGGGCCCGCAGAAUGGUACGCAUGCUGGCCCCGUCCUCGAUGUUGAGAUUCCGGACGUGCAGAUGGAACGGUACAGCGUGAUGUUUAGCCAGGUGAUGAACAAGGAUAAGAGGCCCUCGCUGCUGAGCAGACGAAGCAAGACUCUAGAUAGCCUGCAUGUUCCUACCGCAGCGGAAUUCCUCCGUGGAAAGAUCCCGCCAGUCCCACAGCGACGUGCUACAUCACCAGCUGCAACCAAUUUCUCCCUGUUCCCUACCUCCCAGCCCGCCAAAGCCGCCAAGGUCCUCGGCACGCAGAACUUCUCGCGAGGCCCAAACUUGAUGAAGGCUGUGAAUCCAGAACCGACGGAGAGUCCGGUAAAGGAACUACCAGCAGGCCAACUUCGAGUCCCGGCUCCCAGCAGCGGUCGAUCCCCAUUAAGCUCGUCAACAUCCAACCCGUUCUCUGGAUCAGAACGCUCUAAUACGCCCCAGUCGAACCCAUUCUUAAGUUGGGAAGAGAAGCCGUUGCCGGCCAUCAAACCCGAUAAACCCACUUCUCGCCCUCGAUCUCGAACAGCCUCCCAGAUCUCCGACCCGACAAGCAAGCCACAAGAGACCAGCACACGUAAGCCCAAUCUCAGCGUCAAGACGCAGGCUGGACCGGCUGUGCCGGCAAAGGAUCGCUCGAAUCGCUCGUCUCCAUCUGCUUCCCCUGCAACACUGGCUCGCAACACGCCCUCGCCCCGCGAACAGCGCGGCAAACUCAAGGCUCCCGCGGCAUCAUCCCCUCUUCGCAACGCUUCUCAGGUCUCCAAUUCUCCCACCGGCCAGAAGACCAACAUUCCCAGCAUCAAGACAGACCGAUCAAGCAGCCCUAAAGAGACCCGUGGCCGCCCCUCCGCGGUCCAAGUCUCCACCGCGCGAUCCGUCUCCGUUUCCAAGGGAAAGAAGCAAAUGCUCGUCCCGGUCGGGUCGCGAAUUGACCAGCUCCAUGCCCACGAGCGUUACGUUAAUAGGCAGAGAGCAUUGACGCCGCAGAUCUCUGGAGGACAUAAGUACCAAAUGUCACAAGAGCUGCAGAUUGAGUCCUUGUGA